GGGAAUGCUGUGUCUAUAGUGGCUGACAGAGGGGACUUCCAGUGCGUUAAGGUCGCCACCCACGAGCUGGCCCACAGGUAACCUUGACCGACUGAUUUUUUUAAAAAAUUUUUUUGAAAAUUCAACAAUUAUUAUAAUUUGUACCAGCUUAUUUUCUACUCUAAACAAUAAUGACAUUGAUUGCGUCAUUGAUGUGAUUGUUUUACAAAAUUCACCCCACUGUUAAAAUAUCAAUGGUACUGUUUACAUAUAUAUGGAACUGUUAAAAAAAUAGAUUGUACUGUUAAAAUAUCUAUCGUACUGUUAAAAUAUAUAUCGUAUUGUUUAAAUAUAUAUUGUAAUGUUAAAAUAUCUAUGGUACUGUUGAAAAAUCUAUCGAACUGUUAAAAUAUCUAUCGAACUGUUAAAAUAUCCAUGAUACUGUUAAAAUAUCUAUCGAACUGUUAAAAAGUCCAUCGCGCCGAGUACCAAGCAAUUGUUAACAACCCUUGAACACGAGUCAUUGGCACGCUGAGUAGAAUGCUUGUGUCCAUCCAGUCUAGGAGCCAACCACGACGGUGACAAGCAGAGCAAGACUUGCCGUCCGGACAGCAACUUCAUCAUGUCGGCCCACCCGUCCCACGAGAAGCACGUCCUCAAGAACGCCUUCUACUUCUCCCCUUGCUCUAUACGGGAAAUGUCCAUACACCUCAGGUGGGUCAUCUGGUUCUCCCCUUGCUCUAUACGGGAAAUGUCCAUACACCUCAGGUGGGUCAUCUGGUUCUCACCUUGCUCUACACGGGAAAUGUCCACACACCUCAGGUAGUUCAUCUCGUUAUCGCAUUGUUCUAUGCGGGAAAUGUCCAUGCACCACUGGUAGGUCAUCUGGUUCUCGCAUUCAUCUUUACGGGAAAUAUCAAUCAACCUCAGCUUGGUCAUCUGGUUCUCGCCUUUGUUCUAUACGCGAAAUAUCAAUACACCUCAGGCAGGUCACCUGAAGAUGCAUAGCUGAACAAUCUUAAACUGAAUCCAAAAGAUGGUAGCCGUACAGGGGAUCAGGAAGGGGGUGGGGCUGGAGGUGGGACGCCCCGGGAAUUUUUUUUUUUUUUAACUGAGGGCGGCAUUUAACUUCAGAGGGUGUUUUGUGGAAGGAGUGUGGCAGAAAUCUUAACCAGCCCCGGGUGCCACUUGCCCUCGCUUUGCCCCCAGGCUGGUUACAUUCGAAGUCAAGCGAAGGAUUACAUUCCACCAUGGUAAUAUGAUGAAGAAAUCACUCACCAUUUCAUUCGUUUCAAUAUUAUCUUAAAAAUCUAAUGUCUUUAUCUAAAGAUAAAUGAAAUAAAUAAUUUAUUGAAAGUUUGGAUGCCGUGAAACGGAAGGGGAACAUUUUUUACACGUAGUGAUCCUAACCUUAUUGAUAAACUUAAGUUGACCCCUGAUUCUAACCUUAUUGAUAAACUUAAGUUGACCCCUGAUUCUAACCUUAUUGAUAAACUUAAGUUGACCCCUGAUUCUAACCUUAUUGAUAAACUUAAGUUGACCCCUGAUUCUAACCUUAUUGAUAAACUUAAGUUGACCCCUGAUUCUAACCUUAUUGAUAAACUUAAGUUGACCCCUGAUUCUAACCUUAUUGAUAAACUUAAGUUGACCCCUGAUUCUAACCUUAUUGAUAAACUUAAGUUGACCCCUGAUUCUAACCUUAUUGAUAAACUUAAGUUGACCCCUGAUUCUAACCUUAUUGAUAAACUUAAGUUGACCCCUGAUUCUAACCUUAUUGAUAAACUUAAGUUGACCCCUGAUUCUAACCUUAUUGAUAAACUUAAGUUGACCCCUGAUUCUAACCUUAUUGAUAAACUUAAGUUGACCCCUGAUUCUAACCUUAUUGAUAAACUUAAGUUGACCCCUGAUUCUAACCUUAUUGAUAAACUUAAGUUGACCCCUGAUUCUAACCUUAUUGAUAAANACCCGCCCCCCACCCCCCCCCCCGCUUGUUUUCACCCACAGCAAGCCAACCUCAGCGUGUGUGAAGAACGAACCCACCGUGUACUACACCUAUGACCUCAAGCGUCUGCCCCCGGGCCAGGUGUACAGCGCCGACAUGCAGUGUAAGCUG